AUGGCUGCCCUACGAAGAAAAUUUGGAGAGGACUACCAGGUUGUAAAUACAAACCGGGCCACCACUUUUUCAGCGCCGGCGAAGAAGAAACGCCAGCGCUUCGUGGAGAAGAACGGGCGCUGCAACGUGCAGCACGGAAACCUCGGCGGAGAGACGAGCAGAUACAUCUCUGACCUUUUCACCACUCUGGUGGACCUGAAGUGGCGGUGGAACCUACUCAUCUUCAUCCUAACCUACACCGUCGCAUGGCUGGUUAUGGCAUUUAUGUGGUGGAUCAUCGCUUACAUCAGAGGAGACCUAAAUCAUGGUCACGAUUCAUCUUACACUCCCUGCGUGGCCAACGUUUACAACUUCCCCUCAGCUUUUCUGUUCUUCAUUGAGACCGAAGCGACCAUCGGCUACGGGUACCGCUACAUCACGGAGAAAUGCCCGGAGGGCAUCAUUCUGUUCCUGUUCCAGUCGCUGCUGGGGUCCAUCGUGGACGCCUUUCUCAUCGGCUGCAUGUUCAUAAAAAUGUCCCAACCAAAGAAACGCGCAGAGACCCUCAUGUUCAGCCAGGACGCAGUGAUUUCUCAGCGUGAUGGGAAACUGUGUCUCAUGUUCCGUGUGGGCAACCUGCGAAACAGCCAUAUGGUGUCCGCGCAGAUCAGGUGCAAACUCAUCAAGUCUCGUCAGACACCUGAGGGGGAGUUCCUGCCUUUGGAUCAGUGUGAACUGGAUGUUGGCUUUGGGACAGGUGCAGAUCAGCUCUUCCUGGUAUCUCCUCUCACUAUCUGCCACGAAAUUAAUCCCAAGAGCCCCUUUUUUGACCUUUCCCAACGCUCGCUCAAGAAUGAAGAGUUUGAGAUUGUUGUUAUCCUGGAGGGCAUUGUGGAGACAACAGGUAUGACAUGCCAGGCACGGACAUCAUACACUGAGGAUGAGGUUUUGUGGGGCAAUCGCUUCCUGCCCGUCAUGUCUCUAGAAGAGAGCUUUUUCAGGGUGGACUACUCCCAGUUCCACAGCACAUUUGAGGUGCCCACACCACCCUAUAGUGUCAAGGAGUAUGAGGAGAAGAUUUCACUGCCAUCCCCACAAUCCACUCCCACCCCUGCGCUUGGUGAAAGCCGUGGAGCCCGUCGAGACCGGGUCUUUUCUGUGGACUGCAUCAACACUGCAGAGGAAAGGCGGCGCCGGGCAGGAGCUGGAGGUCGAGUACCUAGCAAGCUCCAGAGGAUGAGCUCUUCCGGAAAGGAGGACCUGCAGAAAAAGGUGCUGCUGCUUAACUCCCAACAUAUUGAAAAGGCCUGCAGUACGGGAGACCUGCCCCUUAAAGUCCAACGCCUCAGCUCGUCUCCUGGACCUGAGACUGAGACGCAGCUUCAGCUCAAAGCCCUUAAAGUGGGCUUUGAACCUAUGACCCAGUCAACAGGUGACCUGUACCAGGACAGCCAGCCACCUGGGACUCUUUCAGUCCCCAUGCAAAGCCCGUUGCUCUCAGCAGGAGGGAGGCCAGAGGACAAUUUACCACCAAAGCUACAACGGAUGAAUGCUGAUCGCUGA